AUGGGAAAGUUAUUCCAAAGUCUGUUUUUUGCAGUUAAUGUAUUUAUUCAACUGAAGAGCAAUGGUGAUGCAAUGGAGGCUGGUGAUACUCUUUUGUUGGGUGCCUCGCUUACUGGUAAUCAGACAAUCAUUUCAAAGAAUGGCACAUUUGAGUUGGGAUUCUUCACCCCAAAUGGAAGCAACUGGUAUAUUGGCAUCUGGUAUGCCCAAAUACCACAGAAGACAUAUGUUUGGGUGGCUAACAGUUUCGACAAACCUGUCGAUACCUUGUUGCUGGGGAUGACUUUCGGUGGGCGGCAAAAGUUGGUCUCUUGGAAAAACUCAUUCGAUCCCACUCUUGGGUUUUUCUCCUUACACAUGGAUCCAUCUGGAAGCAAACAAUUUGUGCUGACAUGGAACAAUCCUAUACAGUAUUGGGAGAGUGGGACAUGGGACGGCAAAAUUUACAUUGGAGUUCCAGAAAGUGAAGACAAACAUUAUUUCUACAUGAGUGUUGAAAUUAAUAGUACUGGUUUGUUUCAUAUUUAUACGUUGAAUCCUCAGUUCAGUGCACUCACGCGUUGUGUCGUACCCAUAAACAAUCGCGUUGCUCUGUAG